AUGUUAUCCUUGGCCGCCGAUAGUCUUCCCUCGCUCUUGGUCUUCGGGCCACAGACAGAAUUUCCAUCGGACCAAGUCCUUCAAACCUUGCGCCAGGAGCUGAUUAGUAGCCCUCAGCUAUCUGCUCUCAAGGCAGCAGUCGAUGAAUUGCCUCAGUUCUGGCAAGGCUUGAUCGACUUCGAUCCGAGUCUGCGCCAGGUCCCCGGGGGCAAAUAUCUUGCUGAUCUGAAGCAAUGGGUCAGGGACGGCGGGCCCUUCCCUAACCAUCAAAGCAACGCACCUAACCAUUAUGGUCUCACUGUCACUGUCCUACUGCAAAUCAUCCAGUACAGCCGCUACCUUGGCCAACUCGGCAAAGACGCGCAUCGCAAGGUCCUGAACAGCGUCAAGGUUGGAGGAAUCCAGGGCUUCUGCGUUGGCUUUCUCAGCGCCGUUGCUGUGGCCAGCUCAAGGAGCGAAGCCGACAUUGGUCCUUCCGCAGCUACUGCCCUUCGUCUUGCCGUGUGCGUUGGGGCCUACGUUGACCUAGAUGGCCUAUAUUCCUCGGCGGCCACAGAAUACGUGGCUGUGGCUAUCAGGUGGAGGGAAGAAGACGCUGAAAAGGCCGCCAAGUUUAUUAGGUCAAUUCCUAACGCCUACAUUUCCAGUAUCAACGACGAGGCGAGUGUAACUGUCACCAUUAGGGCUGACGAUCGCGAGGGCCUCAUUGACAAAGCUCGCGAGAACAACCUGCGUACUAAGGAUGUUCAUGUCUAUGGUCGUUUUCACACCCACGACCACUCUCAUGCAGCAGAUAAGCUUACGAAACUGGCGGCGUCCUCGAAGGGGUUACAGUUUCCAGACGCGGAGGAGCUGCAGGUUCCAGUCCGCAAUACUGCUGAUGGUGACAUUAUUUCCGGGGGCUCCUUGACUCGGCUUGCCCUGGAGAAUACCCUGGUGAACGUCGCGGACUGGUACGCAACGCUGAGGGCUUCCAUCCAACAGCUACCCAAGUCAACCCAGACAAUCGCAUUUGCCGGAUUUGGCAGUUCCAUUCCGGCGUCCAUUGCACAGAAUUCAGACCUCCGGAUACUUGCCUUGGGCAACCUUGAAGAGUCCAAGCCAAAGGGCGAGAAAGUCCUCGAUGACGGCCACGUCAAUGGCCAUGUCAACGGUCAUAUUAAUGGUAUCAAGCGGGUCAAGGAUAUUCACAACUCCUAUGACCUGUCCCAAUACCCGGCGCAUUCCAUUGCUGUCGUCGGUAUGGCCGGCAGGUUCCCAGGUGCUGACUCGGUCGAUGAGCUCUGGGAUCUGAUCAUGGAGGGCAAGACAACGGUCGAGCCUGCUCCCGUUGAGCGUCUUGGACUGCCCCAAACUGGAGACUACGAAAACACAAAGUGGUGGGGUAACUUUCUGAAGGAUCGAGAGGCCUUCGAUCACAAAUUCUUCAAAAAAUCAUCUCGCGAAGCUCUUGCCUGGGAUCCGCAACAGAGGAUCCUGCUGGAAGUUAUCUACGAGGCAUUGGAGUCGGCGGGCUAUUUCGGCGCCUGCAACACCUCAGAACCACUCGAUUAUGGCUGCUAUAUCGGUGCCGUCAUGAACAACUAUUACGACAACCUCUCGUGUCAUCCCGCCACUGCGUACGCCACAGUCGGAACUUCACGAUGUUACCUCAGCGGCUGCAUGAGCCACUACUUCGGGUGGACAGGUCCAUCGUUGACUAUCGAUACCGCCUGCUCCUCGUCUCUUGUUGCCAUCAACACGGCCUGUCGAGCCAUCUGGUCUGGCGAAUGCUCCCGCGCCGUUGCUGGCGGCACCAACGUGAUUUCGAGUCCGUUUGACUAUCAAAACCUCGCCGCUGCUGGCUUCCUCAGCCCGUCAGGGCAAUGCAAGCCUUUUGACGCGGACGCCGAUGGCUACUGCCGCGGCGAAGGCGUAGCCGUGGUCGUUCUCAAGCCGCUAUCGGAUGCUAUUAAAGAUAACGACAACAUCCACGGCGUCAUUGUCGGGUCUGCUGCCAACCAGAACCACAACGUCGGCAAUAUUACGGCCCCAUACUCGGGCUCCCAAAUCGAGCUUUACCAAAAGGUAAUGAAGCUCGGUGGCGUGCAGCCUGAGGCUGUAUCAUACGUUGAAGCCCACGGGACCGGAACUGGUGUUGGCGAUCCAAUCGAGGUCCGCAGUAUUCGAGACGCUUUCGGUGGGCCUCAACGAGACUCUGUUCUUCAUUUCGGCUCGAUCAAGGGUAACAUCGGCCACACCGAGGCUACUGCCGGAGUGGCUGGUCUCAUAAAAGUUCUGCUGAUGAUGAGACACCGAAAAAUAACGGCCCAAGCGAGUCACGAAUCUCUGAAUCCUAAGCUCCCCGCGUUCGACCAGCACAAGAUGGCCAUUCCUCGAGGUAUCAUGCCCUGGCAGGCUCCCUUUCUUUUGGCUUGUGUCAAUAGCUACGGUGCAGCCGGCAGUAAUUCGGCCGUGAUGCUUCGCCAGGGACCAUCUCUCAACUCCCAGCCAGCACCCGUGCAGCUUUCCAAGUAUCCGCUCUUCAUCUCGGCUGGGUCUCUCAACAGUCUUUCCCAGUACAGCAAAAAGCUGCUCAGCUGGUUGAAAGACAACAAGCCAGAAGCUCGCUCAAAUUUCCUUGCAUCAUUAACUUUCAAUCUUGCAGAUAGGGGCAACCACUCACUGCCUCAUGUUCUUGCAACAACCGUGAGCAGCGUUCGGGAUCUCGAGGCCAAGCUUGAAGCAACGGCAGCUGGCUCGGGAGAAAUAAUCUCCCAAUCCCAAGAGUGCAAACCUGUAGUGCUCGUGUUUGGGGGUCAGGAAAGCAACUUCAUCGGCCUUUCAGAAGACGUAUACCGGUCCUCGAAGGCGUUCCGUGAACACCUUGACGCUGUCAACGAUCUCCUAAUCUCCGCUGGGCUGGAGAGCUUCUACCCCUCUAUCUUUGAGUCAAAGCCGGUGGAGAACCUGGUGACUCUUCACUCGGCCCUCUUCGCCGUCCAGUAUGCCUCCGCCAAAACCUGGAUAGACUCCGGGCUCAAGGUCAGCGCAGUCGUUGGCCACAGCUUUGGUCAGCUCACAGCAUUAUGUGUCUCGGGCGUGCUUACACUCCCGGACGCCUUGAAAUUGGUUGCAGGCAGGGCUGCUUUGAUGCAGAAAUACUGGGGCCCUGAGCCGGGUUCCAUGCUGUUCCUGCAAGCCAACCGCACAACGGUGGAGGAGAUCCUUCGGGCCGUGAAGUCUGAGCGCAAAGGCCUCUACGCUGAGAUUGCCUGUUACAACGGCCCCGAGAGCCAUGUUGUCGUGGGCUCUUCCGAGGCUAUCGACUUCUUGCAGCAGCAUGUUGCGAACACGCCACGUCUUCGGGAUUCAGUGCGCAACAAGAGGCUCAAUGUCACCCAUGGGUUCCACUCGCAGUUCACCGAGCCGAUGCUGUCCCAUCUCGACUCGAUAGCCGUACAAUUGGAUUGGAGACGUCCAGAGAUACAUCUCGAGACUACGGAUGAGCUCGAAACCAAUGCCGAACCGGACUUCCAGCUCGUUUCAGAGCACACAAGACGGCCCGUGUUCUUCCAAAGAGCGAUCGAAAGGCUUACCGCCAAGUUCUCACAAUGCACUUGGAUCGAGGCCGGUCGUGGAUCCUCAGUCAUGCAGCUCGCCAAAAUCUCUGUGCCCGAUUCAAAGGGGCAUACAUUUUAUUCUCCCCAGCUCACAUCGGCGAAUGCGCAAGACUCUCUCACAGAUAUCACGGCCAAUCUCUGGAAGAGCGGGUAUGCGACACAAUUCUGGCCAUUCCACCGGACUCAGAAACUGGACUACGAGUACCUCAGCCUGCCCCCGAUCCAAUUCGAGAAGACACGCCACUGGCUUGGAUUCACAAGCAGAAAUCCCACGGUAGACCAUGCCGCGUUGGAGCCCGCAACAGACGCGAAUGAAACCCAUGAGCUGCUCACUUUCCUCAAUUUCAAGGAUGCGUCCAAGAAUGAAGCAGUCUUCCAGAUUGACCCGCAAGCCGAUCGCUUCCAGCAAAUGUUGGGCGGACACGUCAUGGCCGGACAGUGUCUUGCUCCGGCAUCCCUCUACUUUGAGCUGGCGGCCCGCGCAGCCCUGUUCCUGGAGAAUGACACCCAGGCGACGACAUAUGUCCCUACAGUGGAUGAUCUGCUUAUGAAGUCUCCAAUUGGCCAAAGCACUACCAAGAGGAUUAGGCUCGUCUUGAAGAAACUGGCCGACAGUCGUCCUUCGUGGUCAUUCUCCAUCACAACGCAGGACAUGGAAGUCCAAAAGGCGGAGCCCUUCGAACAUUCCACGGGUCGGGUAUGCCUUAAGAAGCGCGAUGACGUGCAGGCUGCACGGGAAUUUGAGCGCUUCGAGACUCUCACAGGCCAUCGCCGAUUCGAAGAGGUGAUGAACCACCCCGACGCCGAAAAGAUGCAGGGCAACCACAUCUACCGCGCCUUCAAUACCGUCGUUUUCUACGGCGAGGCAUUCCGCGGUAUCAAACAGGUAGCGUGUGUGCGCAUGGAAGCCGCUGGAAAGGUUAGGAUCACCCCUGCUCGAGAAGAUGCACCCGAUCAGCGGCUAUGUGACACCCCUAUGACGGACAGUUUCAUGCAGUUCGCCGGGUUCCUGGUAAACUACUUCAACAACCCAAGCAUGGAAGACGUACUGGUCUGCAUGAAGAUUGAGCACAUCGAAAUUGGCGGGGGCUUCGAUCCGGAUGCAGGAGAAUGGCUGGUGUAUUCGACCAUGAGCGAGGGUGGGGAGACGGACGCCUCGUCGGACGCAUAUGUCUUCGAUGCCAGAACCAAGAAGAUGGUCAUGGCGGCAUUCGGCUUCCGUUUCUCCAAGAUGUCCCAGGCCUUGCUAGCCCGAAUGCUGAAGAGCGUCAACAAGUCUGCCGCGAACAGCAAAGUACAGCCAGCAAGGGAGGAGAAGCUGGUGGAAGCUGCUCCUGCUGCCUCUUACAUUGAACAGCCAGCUGCAGCCACUCCGGCAAGGCAAUCUGCCAGCAAGCGCCGGGAACUCCUGCAGAUCUUGUCCAAUGUUACCGAUGUACCGAUCGAAGAACUCACAGACGAUUCGUCGUUGGCCGACCAUGGAGUAGAUUCUCUGAUGGCUACCGAGGUGCUCAAUGACAUUCGGUCAGCCUUGGGUCUCACCAUUGACCUGUCAAGUUUCCUGUUCUUCCCCAACAUCCGAGAGCUCGUCACCUACGUUGAUGAUAAGUUGGGUGUUAGCGGAGGAGAUGAAGAUGGCCACUUAACUGAUACGCCAUCCUCGUCCAAUACGGACUCUGUGGGUAAUGAUACUCCCACCAAAUCCGGAACAGCCACGCCAGAAUCAAUGAGCAGUAUUGAGGAGUCAAAGACUGCGGACCUACGGCCUACUAUCACCUCGGCCCUUGACGCCUUCAAGGAGACGCGCUUCAAUUACGACCGACUAGCCGAAACUACACAGGCCGUCGGCUUUUGGGAAAAGGCAUACCCCCACCAGGCUCGACUAGUCCUGGCCUAUGUCGUGGAAGCAUUUGCCGACUUGGGGUGUUACUUGAGGAAGCUUCGAGCUGGCGACGCCGUGCCUCAAAUCCACGCUCUCAAGAAGCACACGAAGCUGGUGCGUCAGCUCUACCGCAUGCUCGAAGACGGAGAGCUCGUCAUCUCCUCCAAGGACAACAACGGCUUCAUCCGAACGGACGUCCCCGUUGACUCCACCUCUGCCGAGUCCAUUUACCACGAGAUCAUUGACCUGUACCCGCAGCAUGCCAGCGUGAACAAGUUGGUGAGGACCGUCGGCUCCGAGAUGGCUGCGUGCCUGCGGGGUGAUAAAGAGGGUCUCCAGGUCGUCUUCGGCGAUCGAGAAACCAAAAAGACGCUGGAAGAGAUGUACGAGUUCUCUCCACUGCUACGGACCCCCACACUCGUCCUUGGCGACUUCUUGACCAAGGCCUUUACCAAAUACGCCACUGGUGGGGGCAAGUUCCGCAUUCUCGAGAUCGGCGCGGGUACAGGGGGUACGACGCGGUAUAUUAUCAACCACCUCAAGAGCCAGGGUAUCGACUUCGAGUACGUCUUUACCGACCUUGGCGCUUCGCUAGUCAACGCCGCUGCGAGGCAGUUCAAGGGCACCGAGGGCUUGUCGUUUGAUGUCCUGGAUGUCGAGAAACCCCCCAAGCCCGAGUACGAGGGCGCGUUCCACUGCAUUAUUGCCACCAACUGCAUCCACGCUACGAGGAACCUGGAAGUGUCCCUCCGGCAUGCUCGACAGAUGCUACGGGACGACGGAGCUCUGGCACUGAUUGAAAUUACGAAGAACAUGUUCUGGCUCGAUAUCGUGGUCGGCCUGCUCGAAGGCUGGUGGCUGUUCGAGGAUGGUCGGGAACAUGCGUUGGUGAACGAGAAGCACUGGGAGCGCCGCAUGAAGGCAGCGGGCUUCAAAGAGGUGUCAUGGAGCGAUGGCAGCACGCCUGAGUCUAAGACGGUCCGGGUCGUGGCUGCGUUUCCAACCGGUUCACCAACAGCCCCCGAGAGGCGGGUGAAGGCCGCGAUGGAAACAGUUGUUUACAAGAGGAUUGGAGACCUUGAGGUUCACGCCGACAUCUAUUACCCCGUUGAAAGUGAAGUGCUGCCUGAGAGGAAAAUGCCAGUCGCUUUGAUGAUCCACGGAGGCAGCCACAUGUUAUUCAGCAGAAAGGACAUCAGACCCGCUCAGACACAGCUCUUGCUGAGGAAGGGCUUCUUGCCAGUUAGCCUGGAUUACCGACUUUGCCCCGAGGUCCCCCUAGCGGAGGGACCAAUGGUGGAUGUGUGCGAUGCUCUUGACUGGGCUCGCAACCAACUGCCUAGUCUUCGUCUUCGACGGUCCGGGCUACAGAUCGACGGGGAGCAAGUGGUUGUGAUCGGGUGGUCAUCGGGUGGACAGCUCGCCAUGUCAUUAGGCUGGACGGCGCCGCAGCGCGGUUUACCUCCCCCGGCAGCUGUCAUCGCCUUCUACGCGCCUACCAACUACGAGGAUGAAUGGUGGCAGAACCCCAUUCAGCCGAUAGGCGCCGAAUACCAGGGCCAGCAGUACGAUGUCCUCGACGGCGUCCGUGAAGCGCCCAUUACCAACUACGAAAUGGUGACAGCAUGGGAGGAGCCCAUCAAGGAUCCGCGCAGCAUGGACGACGACCGCUGCCGCAUUGUGCUGCACAUCAACUGGAAGGCGCAGACCCUACCGGUCAUCCUGAACGGGUUGCCGAGCCGGAAGAAGGCCGCGGCCGAGCACCCAGACGUCGAAGACUGGAACGCGCUGCCGCAGCCGUCGCUCGACACCAUCAGAGCCGCCAGUCCGCAUGCCCACAUCCGUCAGGGCACUUAUACUGUACCGACCUUCUUCGUCCACGGCACGGCCGAUGACCUGAUUCCCUGGCAGCAGAGCGAGGGGACGUAUCAGGCGAUGGUUAAGAGAGGGCUCCAGGCCGAGCUGGUGCUUCUGGAGGGAGCUCCGCAUAUCUGUGACUUGAGCAGCGAUCCCGAGUCGGACGGUUGGAAGGCAACUCUGAAGGCGUACGAUUUUAUUGCUUCAUAUGUUUCUUAA